GUCUGGCAGCACCGUAUUUCGUUUCGUCACAUUUUUCUAAACAACAACCAAAAUUUUUAGUUUUAGCUAUAGCUAAGUGGUUUAUAAACAUUAUACCAAAUGGGCAGAGGCGUACCAGAUCGAUGGCUCGAUUACAGUGCCAUAGGAAAGCGUGUUCCCGGCACGCGAUUCAUAGCCUUCAAGGUGCCGCUGAAUCAGAAUCUCAAUGGACAAGUCGACAGGGAGCUGCAACUGGGGCCCGAACUGUUGCUGGAGUCGGUGCCCAAUCUGGGCAUGAUCAUCGAUCUGACCAACACAGACCGCUACUACCGCCCGCAGUCCUUCACAGAGAACGAUGUGAUGCACCAGAAGCUGAUGAUACCCGGAAAGCAGACGCCAUCAAAGGCAUUGGCUCAAAGAUUCUGUCGCUAUGUGGUCGACUUCCUCGAGGACAAUGUGGACAAUGAUAAGCUGAUCGGAGUCCACUGUACACACGGCGUGAAUCGGACUGGAUACUUGAUCUGCUACUUCAUGAUAACCAUGCUGAACAAGUCACCCCUGGAGGCCAUCGAGAGCGUUGCUGCGGCACGUGGCCACAAGAUUGAGCGCGAAAACUACCUGAGCUCCCUGCGACGCCUGGAAAAACUGGAAGCGGAUGUGAACAAGGAGUCGAGUGAGGAGCCAAGCCGGCGCAACUGGAGAGAAGAUGCAGCCAGACGACAGCAAGAGUUUCAGCAGCAGCCGCAGUAUAAGCAGCAGCAGCAUCAGCAGCAGUAUCAGCAGCAGAAGCAUCAGCCGGAGAGACGCUAUCAGCAAAGAGACAACCAGAGAGCCUAUGACAGCAACGUAGAUGAUUCGCGUCAGAGUAGCUGGCACAACAAUUGGAGCAGCAACAGGGACAGCAACAACGGCUACCGCGACCAUAGCAGAGGUCGCCAUCAGCCAGAGGAUCGCUAUCGGUCGAGCGACAAUGGAUGGCAGCAACGGGGCCGUCAGCAAUAUCAGGAUAGGAGCAGAGAUCGCCUCACGCAUUGGCAACGACCCCAGCAUGAGGAUCGUCAGCAAACAAAUGACAAUGGAUAUCACAGAGAUUUCCGUAACAAGAAUUCGGAGUGGAAAAGUACAAGAAAUGGAAGUGGAGAGGAUCCUGAAUGGAACAAGCCACAUUGGAAUGGCUCCAAUCACAGCAACAACUGGCGCCAGAGCCAUUACCAGUCGAGAAACGAACACGAUUUCAGGGGCCACAACAAUAGAUACCAAACGCGUAAUCAACCAUAUAAUUAUCAAGGGCGGACCAAUCGACACAUCCACUUUAAUCGAGACGACUGAUUUCUUAAGCCAUCUGCAGCUUCAGCCACUUUCCUUCCCUAUGCCCAUUCAUCCCGUUACAAACAUUUUCAAUGACUAACCAAUUUGUAAAUUAUUGGUAAAAAUAUGUAGACCCCGCAGCAGACCACCAGAGUAACCAGAGCAACCAGAACUACACCACCGCCACAGCAUGAACAACAAUUAAAAUUCAUUUGCAACAUGGAUAGGAGGGGGCAGGGCUGCAGUAAGGCGCACGCGGGUGCCCGCUGGCCAUAAUGGUAGUUAACAAGCAGUCGGCACAGAUCGUGUGAAGAUACAAUAAGAGCCGGUUAAAAAUUUGCAUUUGGCUGCGAUAAGCGAGGAGAGCGCGUGAAAUUCCUGGAAAUUAGUGACCAGUGGAGCCCCCUGCCUGGAGCCCAGCGGCUCUGCUCCUGUGUCAAGGCAAAUGUCAAGAACGUCCGCACAGUGGCACAUACACAACACAGCCCACAACAAAAGCGGCCAAAGUGUAUGGAUAAUAUUCGUAAGCAAAAAUUAAUUAUAGAAUUAAACGAUAGAAAUUAUAGUAAGUGAACCUUGUAAGCUUUGAGAGUUUAAUGAAUGUGUAGUAAACCCACAAGUAAAAAUUUCU